GGGUCCGUGCUACAGAGUGUACAGGAACGUUGCUUCCGCAAGAAGGGAGAGCUGGCAGGUAGGCGGAGUCAUGGACUGGGGUUACAGAGGGUUCUCUUCUUAAGAUUUGUACUUUGAGACCUCUUGUGCCUGGCGAGGUGGAGCUGCAUGGUCCCGAUGGCUCUGAACAGCAGACGGGACGCCCCCGAACCGCCUGACUUCUCACACCUCAAGAGGCUGGCACGGGAUCAGCUGAUUUACCUGCUGGAACAGUUACCUGGGAAGAAGGACCUAUUUAUUGAAGCAGAUUUGAUGAGCCCCCUGGAUCGGAUCGCCAAUGUCUCCACCCUGAAGCAACAUGAAGUGGAUAAACUGUACAAACUGGAGAACAAGCCUAUUGUUAGCACCUGUGACCAGCUGUGCUUUCUGAUCCGGCCCAGGAUACACAGUGUGAAAUGGAUUGCCGAUAUUGUAAACACAGACAAAGCAGCUGGGAGAUUUAGAAGAUACAAGAUCAUCUUUAGCCCACAGAAGUUCUAUGCCUGUGAGACGAUUCUGGAGGAGCAGGGGAUCUAUGGAGAUGUGAGCUGUGACGAGUGGGAGUUUUAUCUCUUGCCACUGGAUGAUGACCUCAUCAGUCUAGAGUUGCCCGAGUUCUUCAGAGACUACUUUCUGGAGGGGGACCAGCGCUGGGUGUCCACAGCAGGGAAAGCCCUGCACCUCCUGCACUCAGUUUACGGGCCCUUCUCAAAGGUCUAUGGGAUCGGCAGGUGUGCCAAGAUGACCUAUGAGACGUGGCGGGAGUUUGUGGAGGAUGGGGAGCAGAGACCCCGGCAGCCGGAGGUUGGGAAUGUCUUCCUCAUUGAUAGAGAUGUGGAUUUUGUGACUUCGCUGUGCUCCCAGGUUGUAUAUGAAGGACUCGUCGAUGAUAUUUUCAGGAUUAAGUGUGGAUGCGUUGAGUUUGGUCCUGAGGUCACUUCUUCUGACAAGAGUUUGAAAGUCAUGCUGAACUCCAGUGAUAAGGUCUUCAGUGAGAUCCGGAAUGAACAUUUCUCCAACGUCUUUGGGUUCCUGAGUCAGAAAGCCAAAAGCCUGCAGACCGCCUACGAUAAGCGCCGUGGAAUGGAUAUCCAGCAGAUGAAGAUGUUUGUCUCUCAGGAGUUGAAAGGGUUAAAACAGGAUCACCGUCUGCUGAGUCUGCAUAUCAGUGCCUGCGAGUCCAUCAUGAAGAAAAAAACCAAGCAGGACUUUCAGGAGCUGUUGAAAACUGAACACUGUCUGCUGGAAGGGUUCAAUAUCCGAGAGAGCAUCAGCUACAUAGAGGAGCACAUCAACCGACAGGUUUCUCUGACCGAGAGCCUGCGGCUGCUGUGCCUUCUGUCCCUCACAGAGAAUGGUUUAAUUCCUAAAGAUUAUCGAAGCCUGAAAGCUCAGUACCUGCAGAGCUAUGGCACAGAGCACCUCCUCACCUUUGCAAACCUGCGAAAGUUGGGCCUGUUGGUGGAGCAGCAGCCUGGAGACACCAUCACUGCCAUGGAGAACAAAGUGGGCAAACUCGUCACCGACAAGGCUGUAGGGAAGCUGACAGAUGCCUUUAACUCUUUGGCGAAGAAAAGCAAUUUCCGAGCACUGAGCAAGAAGUUGGCUCUGAUCCCCGAGGUGGACGGAGAGUACGACCUGUGCACCCCGCGAGACAUGGCCUACAUCUUCAGCGGUGCCUACGUGCCUCUAAGCUGUAAGCUGGUGGAGCAGGUUCUUGAUCGCGGAUGGACUGGACUCGAAGAGGUGACUCGCCUGCUCAAUGGGAAUGAGUUUGCAGUCACAGCAGGUGGCAGUGGUGGCGAGAUUAAAACCAAGCACGAUUCCCAGCGGAUCGUCUUCGUCAUGUUCCUGGGCGGCUGCACCUUCUCUGAAAUUUCAGCCCUGAGAUUCCUGGGGAGAGAGAGAGGUUACAAAUUCAUCAUCGUGACAACAGCCAUCACCAAUAGUGCCAGGCUGCUGGAGUCCGUGCUGGACAGUCGGGUGUGACCCUGGGAGUUGUUUCCUGGGACAGGGUUGAUGUAAUAUGGUCCCUUCCUACUGAAUGUGAAAAGGGGGUUCAUGACCUGGCUGCAGGAGUGAACACCAGGAUGGAAGUCUGUAUUGUGCUGAACUGUACAGAAGGAGGAAAAUAGCCAAUGUGUAUUCCUCUGCUUUGUGACCUUUCUGCCAAAAUCGGACCUAGCUCAAAGUUAUUGUUAGCCAAAUGUGUGACUGUAAAUAUCUCAGCCAGUGGUAAAAGGCUGUCAGCUCACCUGGGUUAGAGAAUCUUGUUUUUGUGCAGAAGUUGCCAGUGCGUGACCUUCUUACUAUGCAAAACACAGUAAUUUAAACUAACUGCUUGUUUCACAGACCCACACUAAUGUUGGUCUACCUUUCAUAAGAUCAGGUAAGAUUUCCACAUACUGUUAACAGACGGGUUUGCCAGUGCCGAAUCCACCUGGGACUGUUCCCAUCAAAAACAAGAAUCUUGAGCUGACGGAACAGUUCUGUUUAAUGAGGCUAUCCGAUAUUCUCUUAAGCUUAACUGGGAUCUUCACAGAGGGUAAGUGAAUGCACUGUACAGACGACAAACUGAGAACCCGUUCUCUCCAGUGCAACCUUAAAAAGAUGGGCUUACGUUUUCAAAUCCCAUUUUAAAACCGUUUUUUACACAUUUAAAGAUUCUGCUGUUCUAGUUGUUGUCUUGUAAGUUUAUGGUGGAAAUACCUCUGCAGAUGGUUCCUGUAAAACUGUUUGAGUUUAAAACUGUUUGCUAUGCGGUCAUGACUCCUGCAGGAGCAAUCAUCCGACAAAUAAGAAUUGAAGGUCAAGCAAGCACUGUACAGUCACUGCUCUUGAGUCAGUACCUUUGGGCUUUCUACAGGCUCUUUUAUGCCUAUAGACAUUAGUUACCCCAAAAGAUACAUUUAUUGGUGUGGCCAGCCAACUUUCAUGCAGGGAUAAUGAUUUUUUUUUAACCCUGCCUAACUAGCCUCCCAAAAAAUACUAUUUACAACAAUGUGAACACGUUUUUAUCUUAAUGCCCAUUGCCCUGUCACAGACAUGAAAGACAAUGCCUUUAUUUAAUUUGCAUUUUAUUCCCUGAAUUAUAAAAAUCUUUAAGAUAUUAUUUAUAAAUAAACUGCACUAUCAACAAUGCCUGCUGAAACAGGCUGGUUAAACUAUAGAAGCAUAUAGUAAACACAACAAAAAGGGGUUCUAGUUUAGUGUGGAAUUGAAAAUGCUUGUGGGACACUGCACUUUAAGCUAGGAGGGAAAAAAAUUAAGAUUCAGAUGCCACUGGCCUUGUCACCUGCCUCAAGUCCUUUGAGUUUGUUAGGAUCAGUGUCCUUUACAGUAAUACUGUACCCUCAACCCUGUAAAAUGCAGCAUUGAACAACUCAAGAGAAUUGUGAUUCUCAACAAAGUGAAUGAUUCUUCAUUAUGAGUUAUUGGGCCAAAUGCAGUAAUCAUUUGCUUGUUCAUUAUCUGCAUGUUUGUUUUCUAAAUAGCAACAGCAGGAAAACGUGCUUAAUGGUUAGAGAAUUAUUUCAUACUGGUGAAAAUGGAAUUGUCUGCUGAAAAGAUCUGUGUCAAAGGUGUUUCUUGACAGUCACUUAAAACAGUGUACAUUGGACACAUGCAAAUCAUUUUUCAGCAUGCAUUAUUGUUGACAUUCCAAUUUUCCAGAUUAUAUUGAUUUUGUAUUUUAAUAAAACAGGGAAUCCUCA